AUGCCGCCCUCCAGACGAGCGUCCGCGGGACAUGGCGUCGCCAGCUCGUCCUCACGCGUUCAUCGGAGCAACGGCUCAAACCACAGCAUAUCGGCGCAGAGCCCAGUUGUACCACAGCAGACCCUCCCGUACUCGAACAUUCCCCAUUCCCCACAGCAAAAAGUAGUUCAGGUCCUCAUUAACAGGCUCAAAAACAAGCUGGAGGCGGAUGAAGCGGUCCAGCAGACGAUAGAGUCCUUGAUUGACCUCUCCCGGGAUUCCUUGGACAUGAUCUCCCUGGCGCUCACGGAACAGCUGGAGAGACUAGCGAAGCAAAUCGAGGGAGCCGGAUUCCGUGGUGUAGAUAUCCUCCAAUCGCAAUUGUUCCUCCUCAAGGUCCUCACGUCCGCAAUGGCGUCCCGCUGGGGCGCGAAAGACGAAACAAGACCAGGCUCGCGAGGCAGCAGUGCUACGAUAGUGGAGCCCCCCGCACUCGACGACAACUGCGCCAAGUACAUCGUGAGCGUGAUGGUGCUUCUACUGCGCCAGGCCGCCCCCCGCAAGCACAGACUCACGUCUGCGGCGAACAUCUCGUUCGAAGCGACGUACCAAGACUUCGAAUCGGUUGAGUCGCACGAGUUCGGCGGCGCGGACGACGCGCACGUCACACUCCCACCGCCCAUUGCCCCCGGCGCACCGCGCACGAUGAACCGCGCGAAGAACCCGUCGUCGACGAGCCUGAACUCGGCUGGUGCGCCGUCAACGAUAUCCGGGCGGUUCCCUCAACAUACGGCCGCGUACGAGAAGACGUCAUUCCUUGUCGCGAAGUCCGUGCUUUCCCUGCACUCGUCUAUCGCCAAGUUCACGGGGAGGAUCGUCUACCACCUCUCGGCAUCCAACUGGCCCGUCGUGCUCAACCGCGUGCGCCAGCGCAUACAUGGGCUCGCAAGCGCCGCAGAGGUCGACCCGGAUGUCGUGGACCUGCAGCUGAUCACGUUCAGCGCUCUCGACCGGGCGAAGAUGACACAGGCCCUGCAAGAGGCGUCGUCGCUGCUCAUGAACCUCAAGCGUGAAGCACAGAUCCCGGUCGCGGUCGCGCUUCGGACGGCGGUCUGGAAUUGGAUCGAGCUUUACCCGGACGAGUACAACGACGCGCUCCGGUACCAUCGACGGCUGGACGGCGCGCCCGAGCGCGUGUUUGACUUGCUCUACGACGUCCAGGAUGCGUCUCGCGAUAAGGCCGCGGCGUGGCCGACGCUCGCGGUGCUCCUGUGCAUCAGCCACGACCGUGUCAAGGGCGAGUUCGAGGCGAACGCACUCGGCGGGCACAAAGGCCAGUACCGGAAGGACCGCAAUAUCACCGAGCUUGUGGUCAAGAAUCUCAACUUCAACUCGAAGCUGGUCGAGGUCGCGAUCGUCUGCGCCGUCGACAUCUGCCGCGCUGCGUCCAGGGUGGCACUACAAGCGGGCAUAGAGAACGAGAGUCCGCUUGUCUCCAUGGCGUUCGACAUCGCGCACGAGCUGAAGAUCAUGCUCCUGAAGUGGACGAAGGAGCGCCCGUUCUGGGAAUGCCCAGAUGAAAUUGACGUUGCGCUGUUCGCUGACGUUCUCGCCGCGCUCUACCGGUUCCUCCCAGAACAGGAGUCGCUGCCCAUCUUUCAGCAAUGCAUCGAGCCCGAGCGGUCCGAAGCUUCCAAGAUUUGCGUCGUCAAGGCCGUGUUGAACUUAAUCGUCGAUGGAUGGAAGAUGCCAUGGCAAAGGAACAUCCAGCCGCUGAGGGACAUUGUUCAGGAUCGUCUCAUGACGAUUUUCUACGUUGCGUACGUUCGUCGAAGCGAAGUCGACCAUAACGGGUCCACAAGAAAGAUCAACAUCCGUCCGAAGGCCAAGCGCUAUACUUCAGAGACGCUUCCCGAUCGCGACCUCCUCAUUCUGUCUUUGCUCACGCUCUGGCGCUCGGACAUCUGGUGGUACCUUGAGGCGCUGACAGAACAGGUUGUCGACGAGGUCUUCGCGACCAGUGUUAGCGUAUAUGCGACGCCUGCUGAUCCAGCGGUGCGAUGGUCGCUUGCGCGAACGUUCCGAUAUCUGGCAGAGAGCAUUGCGCAGUGCCCUGUGGAUCAUCCGAAGAGACUGGUUUUCGCGCGGUGGAUCUCCGAGACAGGGCCCGCUGUGCUUGCUUCUGUUGCAACCAACCUGCUGAGUGUCCGGACAGACCUGCAAACUCAGCGUAUGCUCAUCCAGCACGCAUACGAGACUAUGUAUCGUUACGCCAAUGUUGAGAAGGAUUCAGUUCUCUCACUCUCCACGCCUACUCCGACCUCUCACGUUGCCGCGUUCUCGUUGGCUGAAAUCGCGUUCCUUGUGUCCCUCUGCUCCGCCGACGGCGUCGUCUCUCUGACGGCGUGCAACUGUCUUCGCUUGAUGGCCCAGAUUGAGCGUCAGCCGUGCAACCCCAGCGGCCCCGUGUCCGAGACCAGCGUGGAAGAGGCCAUCAAGCGCCAUCCUAUCUACGAGCAGCUCGGCGACCCCAAGGUCUCCAUGAUUGGCCGGAUUGGACACCAGAAGCGCAUUCGGAAGCUCAUGCGGCUCAUCACUGUGCCAUCCGCGAUUCAUGUCGCGGUCUGGCAGGAGUUGUACUUCCGCUGGUGCAGUCUGACAGAGAUGACAAUCCACUUGACAUUCGAAAGCACAACGGACGGAUUGGAGAAUGGCGUUGCACCCGUGGGCGAUAAGGCACUCAGCAUGGAGGACCGACAAGCACAGUGGCAAAAUCUCACGUUGUUCCUUGCUGCCUUCGGGGCGGCGUGCACACGAGAUAAUCACGACCCAGCUGCGCUCACGAAGAUCAUCCCUGCGACGAUCAUCCCCGACAACUGUCGCGUCCUCCGCAAUCCACAAGACAUUCUUAACAACUUCCUGAGCGAGACUGUGAACCUACUCGUCAGCGACUUGCCGCAGGUCCGCGACAUUGCUCGGGAGGCUCUGAGCAAUGAAGCUAGUUUCCGACUGUACGGUCGCAUUGUCAAGCAAUUGGACGAUGUCAUUCGAAUGGUGGCGGACGACGAGCACGUCGACUAUGCCAUCUUAGUUGUGUUCCUUGACCAGUUCCUCGCCAUCGCCAAGGUCCUCAAUGAUCACGUCCACGACCUCUCCGAAGACCUUCGAGCCAUCGAAACCGCAUCAAACCUCUAUACCGUCGCGACCUUUGUGGGGCGCCUCCAAAAUAAUGACGCUUCCCUCCGGCUGAAGCACAAGUACUGCGUACUCAUCGCGAGCAUAUUUUCCCGGGGAGAAAUAUUCAUUAUGCGCACCAAGGAGAGCAGCACCGUGCGGCAGGGUAUCUUGGACAUCAUCCUCGACUGGCCGCCCGAUGCGCCUGAGAACGGCCAGCUUGACGCGCAGCAACAAGAGCUCACGGUUGCCAUCUUCAAGGCGGCUAUUGUACUUGUGGACCGCCUCAAGAUCGAGGCCAAUGAGGGAUCGACGCCCGAGGAAGUUGCACACGCGGUGUCACGCUUGUUCGUGCGAUACGCACUAAAGAUCAGCAAGAUGUGGGAAUCCGUCAGGGACGACGGAACAGCACGGCUGCAACAGCGUGAAGGGGAACUCCGCGAGCUGCUCGUCGACGGCCUGGCCGCUCUCGUCAGCGCUAACCCUGACUCCGGAGUGAAGCACAGCUUGCAGCUCGCGUCUGACGAGGACCCGACAAGGCAUCUCAUCUUUUCGUACGUCUUCAUCCGUGUGCUCAAUGAGCGUAUCACGUUUGCGUCCUACGACGAAGCGCCGAAGGUUGUUAAGCACAGUCGUCUUUGCGAGCUUGUCAAAGGCCCAGACAUGCAACUCGCGCUGGCGAUCUGUGAAAUAUGUCCGCCGAACGAGGUGGACACGAUGAACACUGUCAUGCUUAACCUGUUCGAUACUCGCUCGUCCCUCAUGGCCUUACUCAAGCAGAUGAUCGACACUGAAGUUGCGCGCACCGAGAGCGACACCGCUUUGUUCCGAGGCAACUCGACCUGCACACGGUUCUUGUCCGCCUUCGCGCGCGUCUACGGAUACAACUACCUGCGCUCGCUCAUCGCUCCGCUCGUGAAGCUCGUCACGACCAUGCCUCCCGGCCACGGAUAUGAGCUCGACCCGGCCAAGGUGACGAAGGAUGAGCUGAGACAGAACAAGGAGACCGUUGAGUUCAUUACGGGCAAGUUCCUAGAGAUCAUCGCCGCCUCGAUCUCUGCGCUUCCAUCGAUAAUCCGGGAGAUCUGUGCCCACAUUGCCAAAGCUGUCAACGAAGUCUGGCCUGAGGCGAAGUUCGCUGCCCUGGGCGCCUUCAUUUUCCUUCGGUAUGUUGCACAUUUCGUUGGUCCAAUGGAGAGAGCUAAUUUCUCAACAGGUUCAUAUCUCCUGCUAUCAGGGCUCAUGGUCAUCGCGAAGAUCAUCCAGAACUUGGCGAACAACAUCCUAUUCGGCAAGGAGGCGCACAUGGUCAUCCUAAAUGACUUCCUUAAGAACAACAUUGUCACUGUCACGAAGUUCUUGAGCGAUAUCAACAAACACGCUCCCCCUAACCCGGAGGAUGAGGCAGGGGAGAUACUCGAGCGCUCUUACGACGAGACAGACACGAUCGUGCUUCACCGCUUCUUCGAGAAGCACGCUGACAAGAUCGGCAAGGAAUUGCUCAGCUCCUCCAAAGUCGCUGCGGAGAAGGCCACUCCAGAAGCUGAGGUGCAAGCCGCGAACGGCAAGCGUGCUUGGGAUGCGCUUUGUGCGGCGCUCGUCGAGCUAGGCCAACCUCUUGAAAGUCCACGGAUAUCGACGUUGACGAGCAAAGAGCAUCGAGAGUACCUUGACUUGAUGACACGAUGCGACCGUCGGGACACUACAUCCGUGCAGGACCUCUUCGUUGAGGGAAUGACCCCGCUUGAUUCGCCAGCUGUAUUCGUUCUCUCCGUGUCCAAGGUCGACGUAGAAGUGCUCGAAUUGGAGCUCUUAUUGUACUAUGCCUUCAAGUGUGUUACGUCAAAUACCAACGAGCAUCGAGACUUUGAGAUCAUCUUGGAUCUUACGGGUUUCACCUCUACAUCUCAAGUACCUGCACAGUGGCUCAAGUUCGCUACGGAGACGAUACCCACUGACAUCUGGAAGCGCUUCUCCGCCCUCCGCCUCCUCUCGCCCAAUUCCUCUGCUAUCAGGUACCUUCGCAGGCUCUACAACAAUCUCAGUUCCAGUGCUCUCGAGUCACUACGCAUCACUAUCCACACUACAGUCGCCGAUCUAAUGGCCCAAUACCCUGCCGGGCUUACCCCUCGUUCGCUCGGUUACGCUAUUAGUCUGGGUACCGAGCAUGCCGAGGACUUCGAAGAUGUCACAAUGCAACACACACAGUCACUACGAGUACCUGUGACCAUGACAGUAUCUGAGAGCCAUAUUCGGAUAACCACGACGAAAGCGCAACCAAUAUCCAACGUUCUUUCUUGCAGGGCCACCGAGAUUAUCACUCUCAGUAGCAUCAACGAUGUCUACCCGUUGUCUGCUGCGCACGAUUCACACGACUUUGUUAUACGCAAGGUUCGGCAUGGUGUAACUAUCUAUUUCUCCUCUCCUCAUCGAGAAAUUAUCAUCAAGGCCAUCCGCGCUGCAAAGUCCAAGGCCCUCACAGUGCAACUCCCCAGUGUUGAGCGUCAAGAUCGACUAUCCAACGUCAUCACCACCAUCCUUCGCUUAGCUUUCAUGGGCUCUUCCUCGGACGAAGAGGAGACACGCAACGCAAGUCUUCAGCUUCUUUCUGCUCUCUGCACCUAUCUCGAUUUCGAAGGUCGGCCUGCCGUGCCGAAGAAAGGUCUAUACUCUACGGGACAUCCUGGCUCAUUCUUAGUCCACAUCAGCGAUAGUCUGGCGGGUCACGCUCAACAUUUGACGCUGGAUUUCAUCUCCGAGAUGGCAACAAACAUUCCGAAGUUGACGGUAGCACAGCGAGCAAACGCCCUACAAUAUGUGGGGCCUUGGAUCAAGAACUUGCCCUUCUUCAUCGACCCCUGUCACAAGUUGUAUGAGACUGCAGGUACUCGAUUCCGCGACACAGUGCGUGCUUUGGUGGAUGUCACGACCCAGGAGUCAGAGCUCCACAGCUACGUGCAGAGGUUCAUCUGGAACGAGGUGGCGAAACUCGAAGGGAGCACCCAAAAUGCGGUCCUGGACGAGCUCAUGCGCGCUGCUGUGGACGGAGGGGCGGGCUCCGUGCGAUGCGAACGACUGGCAGACACGAUGAGUGCCCUCAGCAGUAUCAAUGUCCGAGGCAGGGUAUUGGCGCGCAUACGCAGGGUCAUUGGAAAGACUGCCGGGAAGCCGACAAAGACGCUUGCGGACAACAUCCACUGGAACGAGAUUGCUUGUCUCACUCGGCUCGUUCUGGUGGUCGGCAAUUCUGCAAAGAACGUCGUCCAGUGCCAAAUGUUCGUUCCAGAACUCAUGCAUAUCGUCAUGCUCAUCGCUGCCACUGGGCAACUAUACGUCCGAGGAAAUGUGUAUGGCAUGGUCACCCACUUGCUUCACUCCCUCUACUCCCUGCGGAUCAGCGAGACCACCGCCAGCCCUGAAAUCGUCUCCAUGGUCGACGAAUGCUGUACCCCUGAAGGAAUGAGGCUCUUUGGUCUUGCGAAGCCGACACCGACAUCCGACUACGUACUAUAUGACCCGCCCAGUGCCAGGGCGAUGAUCGAUGACCUCGAGAACCUCACAAGGUUACUGCUCAAGGUCAUGGUCGUUGUCGGUGGUUCAACAGGGCUCCUCAAUACCUGGCGAGCGCGUUGGAUGAGCUUGAUCACGUCCUCCGCUUUCCAGCUCUCUCCAGCCGUACAGAGCCGGGCCUUUGUCGCGCUUGGCAUCCUGGCCACUGCGGAUGUCGACGAUGAUCUCCUCUAUCAGAUGCUCGUCGCUUUCAAGACCGCACUAUCUCAAGCCAACGAGGCGGACACCUCGUCUGUCGUCAGCAUGCUCCGGUGCAUCACGAACGUCGUUCCGGCCACCAAUGGCAACUCCCGAUACCUUCCUCAGCUCUUCUGGCUCGCCGUUGCACUCUUGGAGUCAAGCCACAUCUCGUUGUAUGUCGAGGCGAUUCGUCUUCUUCGUGUCACGGUCGAGAACAUGGAGAUACACGGCCACUUCGAAGAGCACGGCGUCAGAGCGACACUGCUGGAAGGACGCAUGCCGCUCGACGAGAUCGCGUCGCAGCUCGAUCACAUCCUAGGGUUGUCCUUCACAUCAAACUUCUCGUUCGCCCUCGCCGCCACAAUUUUUAAGGGAGUCAGACAUUCGGCACUCCGAGAAGCAGCAGAAGGAACGUUGCGAAGCUUGCUGAACAUCACCGUUCGCUCAUGCGUCGACAUCGACCACGCCGACGAAGGUCCUGGGGCUCCGAUCUGUCAAGAAGUCCUCGGUUACGUAUUCGCGCUCAUUCCCAUGUCCACGAAGGUCGGCAGUUAUCGCAAACUGCUGGAAGAGGCGAACGUCGACGACUCUUGGUUCACUGAGCAUACAGUGCUGAGCGGCGCUGAGGACGACCCUGUCACUCGGCUCCCAAUAGGGCUCAUCGGUCUCGGCGACAGCAAUACGGCGCUUUUGGUGAUAUCCUUCGUCAUCGCGAUGCUUGCCACUGCCCAAGGGGACGACACGGAGUCCGCUAUCCUCUACAACAUCCUCUCCGACGUCGCGGAAGCAUGGCCCGAAGUCAUCGGCAUGGCAUACGAGAGCUUGCAAGACAAGGUGAAGGAAACGUUCGCGAACUCGAACAGUCCCGAGAUCCUUGUCGCCGUGUCGAACAUCUUCCGUGUUGCCGCGCACGAAAUCGAGCGCUCGGGUCCUCUCAGCUCACGCACUCUUGGUGGCGCAGGCUCCGCAUCCACGUUGAGCACCGUCGAAGAGAACGUAGUGCACGGACCCGGCCGUCGGCACCUCAGCGCGCUCGAAGAGCAGGGAAUGCAUGGGCUGGCCAACAGCUUCACGUUCCUGCCCCUCAACUGUGGCCAACAAGCGACGAAGAUGAUCCAGUGGAUCUCCGAGCUCGUGAUGAAGAUGAUCGAGUAA